UUGAUGGAGAACAUUUCAGAGGUGACUGAAUUCAUUCUUGUGGGGUUGACAGAUGCCCUAGAGAUGCAGGUCCCUUUGUUUAUAAUCUUCACUCUCAUUUACUUCAUCACUCUAGUUGGGAACCUGGGGAUGAUCAUGUUGAUUCUGUUGGACUCUCGACUCCACACUCCCAUGUACUUUUUUCUCAGUAACCUCUCCUUGGUGGACUGUGUAUAUGCCUCAGCUGUCACUCCUAAGGUAAUGGUGGGGUUUCUCACAGGAGAUAAGAUCAUUUCCUACAAUGCAUGUGCUGCCCAGAUGUUCUUCUUUGCAGCCUUUGCCACUAGUGAAAGUUUCCUCCUGGCCUCCAUGGCCUUUGACCGCCAUGUGGCAGUGUGUAAACCCCUGCAUUAUACCACCACCAUGACAAGUACUGUGUGUGCCUUACUGGUCACUGGCUCUUACAUCUGUGGACUUCUGCAGUCUUCCAUUCAUGUUGCCUUUACUUUCCGCCUCUGCUUCUGUCAUUCCAAUGUUGUUAAUCACUUUUUCUGUGACAUUCCCCCACUGCUGGCUCUCUCUUGCUCUGAUAUCCACACAAAUGAAAUUGUGCUCUUCACAUUGGCAGCAUUUGGCAUCUUUUUCCCUCUCUUGGUUAUCUUGAACUCUUACUUGCUCAUUUUUAUUGCUAUUCUGAGGAUGCACACAACUGAGGGACAGAAGAAGGCCUUCUCCAUCUGUGCAUCCCAUCUAACCACUGUUUCCAUCUUCUAUGGGACAACCAUCUUCAUGUACUUAGAGCCAAGUUCUAGUCAUUCCAUGGACACAGACAAAACGGCGUCUGUGUUCUACACUAUGGUCAUCCCCAUGCUGAACCCUCUGGUCUACAGCCUGAGGAACAAAGAAGCCAAGAGUGCAUUCAGAAAGGUAAUUGGCAAAGCAAACUCUUCGUUGGGCUUAGCCUACUAAUUAGAAAAAGCUGGCAAACCAUGUGAACUUUCUG